GCCCUGGAGGAUGCGGGUACUCGUGCGUGUGCUCACAGCUUCUGCACACCUCCCAGAUCCUGCUGGUCCCGGUAAACCAUGGCCCCCAAAAAAGAACCGAAGAAGGAAGCUGCCAAGGCAGCCCCUCCACCACCACCUGCAGAGCCAGAACCUCCCAAGGAACCUGUCUUCGACCCCAAGAGUGUGAUGAUUGAUUUCAGUUCGGAUCAGAUUGAAGAGUUCAAGGAGGCUUUUGCCCUUUUUGACAGGACGCCCAGCUGUGAAAUGAAGAUUACCUAUGCACAGUGCGGAGAUGUUUUGCGUGCCUUAGGACAGAACCCUACUAAUGCUGAAGUCAUGAAAGUGCUUGGCAAACCCAAACCAGAAGAGAUGAACCAGAAGACGCUGGAUUUUGAAACCUUCCUCCCAAUACUGCAGCACAUCACCAGGAACAAGGACCAAGGCACAUAUGAGGACUUUGUGGAAGGUUUGAAAGUCUUUGACAAAGAAGGAAACGGCACUGUCAUGGGAGCUGAGCUCCGUCACGUGCUAGCAACACUGGGUGAGAAGAUGUCAGAGAGUGAGGUGGAGCAGCUGUUGGCGGGUCAUGAGGACUCAAAUGGAUGCGUCAAUUAUGAAGCUUUUGCGAAGCACAUCUUAUCGGGAUGAAGCAUGGUGUUCUGAUUGUGAGCAAUGGGAUUGUCUAUAAACACCAGGAACAGCAAGCUGUGAAAUCUAUACAACAACAACCUUUCCUGCUGACACUCUGCACGUGAGAAGCCAUUGUGUAUCACUGGGAAGAUCCACUCAAUCCUGUUGUUCGCACUGAAUCCAUCUAUAUCCCAGUGUGCGUUGACUUGUGUGUGCUUCACCACACUCAACCUGUCUCAUUGUCCAGUACAUAUUUAAUUUCUAUAAGUUUUUACCACAAAUAAAAUACAACAAAUGAC